GGAACCUUUAAGUGAAGGUUUCUUUCACUUUGUUUUCUCGGCUAAAAACGACGGGACUUCGCUAUCCAAUCGUUUCGGAAUGAGUAGGAAUGAGUCUUAGGUCCAGUAAGCCUACAGUAUAGUCACAAUAUAGUGUUCAGCUAGUCCAGGCCGUCGCCCCCAUUUACAGGGCCGGAGCAGAUUCGCAUUCGAUUAUUAAAAGCAUGUUCGUUUGUGUUACAGUUGAAAAGCAUCGUGUGUGAUCUGAUUUCGAUUUUCCCCUAUUGUGUUAUAGAUGUAGUGGAAUGUGAACGGUUUAUUUUUGUUUAGUGCACGUGUAGAAUAGAGGCAUUGAAAAUAGGUUCAGAGAAACAAUUUUCUAAUAAUGGUCAACUUCACUAUAGGACUUUGGCUGCUAAUAGUAGGAAUUUUAAUUAAAACAAUGCACUUAAACGGACAAUAUAUUGGGGCAAGGCAAAGGACAUUCAACCAUGUACCAAAGAAGGCGCAGUUCCUUCAACGAGGUGAUCAGUCACCACCUUCUGAUGCUGACCCUUACCUGGACAAUAGGAUUCUUCAAGAAAUCCAUCCUCUAGCAGAUGCAAACAAGUUUCGGCGACAAGGUAUCCAAUUUAACCAGGGUUUCGAGCCAAAGAAGCUUCACCCCUGUGAACAGAGCUCCUGCUAUCCAGCUACUGGCAACCUUUUGAUUGGCAGAGAGAGUCAGUUGUAUGCUUCUUCGACUUGUGGAACACACGGCCAACAGCGGUACUGCAUUGUUUCGCAUUUGGACGCGGAGAGAAAGAAAUGUUUUUGGUGUGAUUCGAGACCUACCACCAAACCUAAUCCUUUGUUGAAUCACAAUAUCAGCAACAUAGUAUAUCGAUUGUUUCCUGGAACUCGGCAGAAAUCUUGGUGGCAGUCCGAAAAUGGGAAAGAAAAAGUUUACAUUCAGCUGGAUUUGGAGGCGGAAUUUCACUUCACUCAUUUGAUAAUCACUUUCAAAACUUUUAGACCUGCAGCUAUGUUGAUUGAAAGAUCCUACGAUUUCAAGCAAACCUGGCAGGUGUACAGGUAUUUCGCCCAUAAUUGCAACGAGAGUUUUCCUGGCAUACGGGAGGGAACUGCUAAAAACCUGACUGAUAUCGUAUGUGAAUCGAGAUAUUCUGGAGUAGCUCCCUCAACAGAUGGUGAAAUUAUUUACAGGGUUUUGCCACCUAAUCUACCUAUCGACAACCCUUACUCAGAGCAGGUUCAGGGACUGCUCAAGAUAACAAAUUUGAGAAUUAAUUUCACCAAGCUACACACGCUUGGGGAUGAUCUUCUGGACAGACGGGAAGAGAUUCAAGAAAAAUAUUAUUACGCCAUCACAGAUAUGGUGGUUAGAGGUUCCUGCUCGUGUUACGGUCAUGCAAACCGUUGCUUGCCUUUGCCCGGAAUAGAUCCAAAACCAGAUAUGGUCCACGGAAGAUGCGAGUGUACUCACAAUACCAAGGGAAGAAAUUGUGAAAAAUGUGAAGAUUUCUUCAACGAUCUGCCUUGGAGACCUGCAAUAGGAAAGCAGACCAACGCUUGCAAAAGGUGUAAUUGUAACAACCACGCUACAAGUUGUCACUUCGACUCUGCAUUGUAUGAAGCUACAGGAAGAGUAAGUGGAGGAGUUUGCGAUGGAUGUCAACACAAUACAAUGGGUCCAAACUGCGAACAGUGCAAACCUUUCUUCUAUAACGAUCCGAAGAGAGAUAUCCAGGACCCUGAAGUCUGCCGACCGUGUGAUUGCGACCCCAGUGGAUCUUUGGACGGCGGAAUUUGCGAUUCUGUUAGUGAUCCUGUCAACAACUUAGUGGCAGGCAGUUGCCACUGCAAAACUAACGUAGAAGGACGCAGAUGUGACUAUUGCAAGAAUGGCUACUGGAACUUCACAGAAGAAAACCCUGAUGGUUGUGAGAAGUGUACUUGCCACACUCUGGGCACCAUCGAUAAUCAGGGUUGUCAUGUUGAUACUGGAGAAUGCUUCUGCAAACGGUAUGUUACUGGAAGAGAUUGUGAUCAGUGCUUCCCGCAGUUCUGGGACCUCUCAGACAGAAAAGAUGGUUGUCAACCAUGUGACUGUGAUCCCGGUGGUUCGCACGAUAAUUUUUGCGACGUAAACACAGGCCAGUGUAGAUGUAGAGAUCACAUGUCGGGAAGAACUUGCAACAUUCCAGAACAACAAUAUUUUACCGCUAACUUGAAUUUUUUGCUUUAUGAAGCGGAAGCAGCAAAAUCAAGCGGACAAGUAGUUAUCAGAGAACCCUUCAGGGAUGGUCGAGAUGAUACAUGGACCGGAAUGGGCUUCGUCAAAUCGUUCGAAGGGGGGUUUCUCGAGUUUCUCGUAAAUGAAAUAAAAACCACCAUGCAUUACGAUAUUGUCAUUCGGUACGAACCGACUACUCCCAAUAGUUGGGAGGAAGUUGAAGUAACCAUCGAAAGACCGGAUGGCGUGUUAGAAGGACUGUGUUCUAAGAUGAAUCCAACUGAUGAUAUCAAAACUGUCGGUUUACCUUCGAAUGCCAGGAGUGUCACAGUGUAUCCUCCCGCCUGCUUCGAAGCCGGAAAGACCUACAAGGUCAAACUCGAAUUCAUUAGAUCCGACUACCAGCACAUACCUUCAGCCUCAGUCCUAAUCGACUCCAUAGUACUCAUUCCUAGAGUUGAAGACGUUCCGUUCUUCCAAGGCUCUGCUGCUGCAAACUUCAGGCGACAGGAGUAUGAAAGGUACCAUUGUUCCAACCCAUCGUACUUUACAAAAGGCGCGGAGGUUCCAGAGAUAUGCUCGAAGUAUUAUGCAAGUAUUGGAGCAUAUGUGUUCAACGGUGCUUUCUCAUGCCAGUGCGAUCCCACGGGAUCGGUUAGCAAGCUCUGCGAAUCAAACGGAGGAUAUUGCAUGUGUAAACCAUUUGUCGUUGGACGUCGAUGCGAUCGAUGCGCUCCGGGAACUUACGACUUCGGCCCUGAAGGUUGCCGAUCUUGCGACUGCAACAGCAUAGGGGCUCUGGAUAAUUUCUGCAACGCCACUACGGGUCAGUGCAAAUGCAGAACCAAUACUUAUGGACGGGAAUGCGACCAAUGUCGUACUGGUUUCUGGAAUUUCCCCAAUUGUGAGAGGUGUGACUGCAACGGGCACGCUGAUGUUUGCGAAGCCAAAACUGGAGUCUGUAUCAACUGUCGCGACAAUACCCAGGGUGAACACUGCGAUUACUGUAUGGACAGCUUCUACGGGGAUCCUAGAAUAAAGGUCGAUAUUCCGUGUAGGCCUUGUCCUUGUCCUGGACUCGUCGGUUCGAACCAUUCGUACGCUGAUAUAUGCAUGCUGGAUCCUUCUUCCAAGGAUGUAAAUUGUGAAUGCCAAGAAGGAUAUUCGGGAGCUAGGUGCGAUGUUUGCUCAGAUAAUUACUACGGAAACCCGGAAGUACCUGGAGGGAAAUGCCAGCCAUGCGAUUGCAAUGAUAAAGUAGAUUUAUUGAGCCCAGGAAACUGCGAUCCCCAUACUGGAAAGUGUCUGAAAUGUUUGUACGAUACGAUUGGGGAUCACUGUGAAGUAUGCAAGCCAGGGUUUUUCAGAUACUCUGAAGAUAGACAGUGUGAGGAAUGUGUUUGUCACAUUUUAGGAACGAAUAGCUCAGCAGGACCUUGCGAUCAUGCUAGCGGGCAGUGUCACUGCUUGCCGAACGUUUCUGGAUUGAAAUGUGAUGCUUGCGUUCCCAAUCAUUGGAAAAUUGCAAGUGGGAAGGGAUGUGAACCAUGUACUUGCGAUCCGCUUGGAUCUCUGAGUCCACAGUGUAAUGAGUUUGAUGGUCAGUGCCAGUGCAGACCUGGAUUUGGUGGAAGAAAAUGUGAUGAGUGCAUGCCCAAAUUUUUCGGUGAUCCAAAGGUGCAAUGCUCAAGGUGUGAAUGCGAUCAAUUGGGUGCAAGAACCGAACAGUGCAACAUGCAAACAGGGGCCUGUGUUUGUCUCCCUGGUGUAGGAGGCUAUAAAUGUGAUCGAUGCGACAGAGGAUAUAUUGGUGAUGUACCAGAAUGUAUUCCAUGCGGCGAAUGCUUUGAUAAUUGGGACAGAAUUUUGCAAGAGACCAAAAAUCAAACUCUAGACAUGAUUGAAAGAGCUGAUGAUAUAAAGAAAGUUGGAGCAACUGGUGCCUACACGAAGGAGUUUGAUGAAAUGCAGAACAAACUAGAUGAGAUCGAAAAACUUUUGAAUAAUACAGACGAAAUAGACCUUGGUGACAUCGAAGACGAACUACAAAAAUUGAGGGAUAGGAUAAGUAAAACGGAGAACGAUAAGUUGAAUAAAUUGGACGGUGAACUGGAUGAUAAUAAACAGCUAAUAUUGAUCAAGGAGUUGAAACUGCAGACCCUCAAUACUAGUUUGGGUAACCUCAAGGAAAAAAUUAAAGAACUGGAAAAUAACGGAACUAAACUGCAAGAAGCUAAUGUUCAAGGGGCUUUAACUCUUAUUGGAAACGCUAAAGAAAAGGCCGACGAGGCAGUCCAGAAAGCUGAACAUUCUCAGAAAGAUGUCAAAUAUGCGGAAAUUCAGUGUAUUGCUACGUCAACAUUCAUCAACAAUACUGAAAAGCUCUACAAAAAGCAGUCUGCAGAUAACGAGAAUGAGCUGCGUAACAUAUCUGCAAAACUGGAAGCUCUGAAUAAGCAAAUUCCAGAGCUGAACAACUUGGUAUGUGACGGACAUGGAGAUCCUUGUGAUUCAAUUUGUGGAGGAGCAGGUUGCGGAUAUUGCGGCGAUAUCCUGUCUUGUGCUAAUGGAGCUAAGCAACAAGCUAACACGGCAAUUGAGCAUGCAAACAAUACGGAAACCGCUUUAAGAAACAAGGAAACUUUGGCUAAUGAUUUCAUAAGAAACGUAUCCCAAAUAAAUACGAACCAAACAAGAAAUUUGGCAAAAGAAACCUACGAUAAGAUAUUUGACGAACUGAAGAAAGCCAACAUGUCCUUGAAGGAAGUUACUGAUAUGAGAAAAGAAAUGAGAGAAUUCAUGGGUCAGAAUAAUACUAAGCCGUCGGAUAUAAAAAAAUUAGCUGAAGAGAUUUUAAUGAAAAAUGUCCAGAAAACUCCCGAAGAAGUGAGAGAACUUGCAUUAAAUAUAAAGAACGCUGUUGAUCGGCUCACCAAUACCGAUUAUAUAAUAGAUGCUACCAAAGGGGAUUUGGCAAGAGUGAAUGAACUCAAGGAGCAUGCUAAAUACGCAAAAUCGAAUGCAACAAAAUUACUGAAAGAAGCCGAAGAUGUUAAUGACUCCUUGAAUCAAACUCGUGACGCUCAGGUAGAGGCAGAAGAAGCCAUAGAAAAGGCUUGGGAUGAUUACCGUACUGUGGAGGAUAUUCUUUAUCAGAUUGGAAAUAAUACUGAAACUGCUCAAAAUACCACUCAAGAUAUUCAUAACCAUAUACAUACCCUCAAAAACAAACUGACCGAUCUCCAGAGGAAUAUUACCGACAAUGGAAUUUUUGCUAAUAGGGUGAUCGAAGAAUCCGAAAAUAUAGUGAAAAGUGCCCAAAAAACCAAAGAUGACUCAUUAGAGCUUCAAAAUAAAUAUAAUGCCGCGACUGGUGAGCUCGAACAAAAACUGAAUAACGUGAAAGCUACAAAAGAAAGGGCGAAUGAUUUGUUUACGAAAGCUUUGAAUUUGGUUGCCAGAGUCACGAAAACACAAGAGGACAUUCAGAAGCUUGAAGAUAGUGGGCAAGGGGAGGAAUUAAAGAAUCUCGAGAAUUUGUUACAAGAUCUCAUUAAGAAAAUGAAUAAAUAUACAUCGCAACUGGAUAACAAAGUUUUAUUCUAUAAAAAUUGUAAUUAACAUGCUGAAUGGGUUAUUUUCAUUCAUUGAGCAGAAGCUUGUAUAUUGACGAGUUCAAAUAUGUCGUAACAGUGACGUUCGGAUAACGUUCAUUAGUACUAAUACGUCACUUCUGGUAGAUACCAAUUUUUCUUAUAACAAUAUAUUUUUCCUAUAGUCAUAAAAUCUGGUAAAAAUUUGUUUUAUAAUUGUACUUAUUUUAUUCCUUUCUCAUGUAAACCUUUGUAAACGUUUUUUAUUCUGUAAAUAAAUAAUUUAUUUAGUA